UUGAAGUGCAACAGCAAGACUGCAAUCGCCACUGAAACACCAGAUCCGCCCGCCGCUGCCAAUCACCUUCACAGCGGCCCGACCAACUCCGCCGCCUAAUUACCAUAAUAAGAUCGAAUCUCCGGCUUCACUUGAGGAUCUUGAGCUGAAACUGCUCGAUGAAUUGCCUCGGUGACUGAUUGCAGCUACAUUCGAUCUCAUAUUCCUGUGAAGCAUCAAACAUGACAUGGAUAGCCUUAACCUUAGCAGUGCUAGUGCUCUGGUUUGCUUCUCUCUGCAAAGUUUUUCUGGAAUCUAUGUCCGCUUCAAAACCGGCAUUCUUAAAUGAUGUGGCAGGUGCUACUUCUAGAAGGAGAAAUGUCUUGGUGGUUAUUGCUCAUCCUGAUGAUGAGUCUAUGUUCUUUGCUCCUGUUAUUAAUUACCUGACUUCCAGGCAUCAUAAUGUACACAUACUUUGCAUGUCAACUGGCAAUGCAGAUGGCAUGGGAAGUGUUAGAAAAGAAGAGUUAGAGCUGGCCUCCGUGGUUCUCAAGAUUCCAGCACAGCAAGUGACCGUACUAGAUCAUCCAGAUUUGCUGGAUGGUUUUGGCAAUGUGUGGAACUGGGACCUGUUAGCUAGCAUCAUUGAUGAGGAAACUCAUACCCAUUCUAUUGACUUGAUCAUUACAUUUGACAAUUACGGUAUCUCGGGUCAUUGCAACCACUGCGACGUUCAUCAAGGAGUAAGAAAGCUAAUGCAUGAUGCCUUAGGGGGAAGACAUCUUGAGGCCUGGGAGAUUAUAAGCCCUAACAUAGUACGCAAGUACAUCGGACCAGUGGACAUUUGGUUAUCCAUCAUGUUUAGCCUACUUGAUAAAGAUGGACUCUCACAUUGCUUGCUUAACUUAGAUCUCCGUAAAAGUUAUGCAGCUAUGGCUCAACACUCCAGCCAAUGGGUUUGGUUCCGCAAACUUUUUGUAACAUUUUCGAGUUGUACUUAUGUUAGCACCCUUAAGAAGAUCGCAUAAGUCUGCAGCCGAAGGUACAUUGGUCUAGAUGGAGGUCACGGAGCUAUGAUUUAUGGUCUUACAUCACCUGUGGUGAGUGGAAUGAUGGGUUAGGAUCAUCUGCUGCCUCUCACAAAAAAAUAAAUUAAAUAAAUAAAUUAAAUUAAUAUAAUAUUAUUUUAAUGGUUUGUGAGGAGCAGCAGAGGAUCCCUAUCCGUGGAAUGAACCGAUACAUGAUACUAUGAUAAUAGAGAUUAGCGUUGUUUUCAUUUUUAUUCCACAAUAUUAGUUUUGAAUAACGAGUUUUUUUGUGUGUUUGGAUUUUGGAUGAAAUAGCUAUGGCGAUUGGUGGCUUGGCGCCAAGUGCCAACAUAUAUUUAUAUUUUUGGAUUACUUAAUUUUUUAAACAGUACUA